UUGGAUUUCAUUGCACGGGCGGACGUGUCACAACGACCGAGAAGGCCGUGACAAUCAUGUCGAGUACUGAUGAAAAGAAGCCUCUGCUGGAUGCGGCUAUCACGAUCAACACAACAGCUUCAUUCUCGGAUCUCAAUAACAUUCAGGACGAGCUGCGUCAGGUGGUGGCACUGGCGUUGCCAGUGACUGCCACGUUCUUCCUCGAAUACGCUCCAGGAAUUAUCACGCUCCUUCUUGCAGGGCAUGCUGUCGAUCCCAAUGACAUGCAGACGACGACAUUAUACCUAGAUGCCGCGGCCAUCGCAAUUAUGUAUAUGAACGUGACGGGGGUGACGAUCGGUCUCGGGUUGGCCACAGCCAUGGACACGUUGUGCCCACAAGCUGUCGGGGGAGGCAAGUCGCUUCAAACGGGAGUAUAUUUCCAGGCAGGGCUCGUCGUACUCGGCCUCGUGUUUAUUCCGAUUGCAUUUGCAAACGCUUGGGCCACUACCAUCCUGGUCUACUUUGGCCAGACCUACACCAUCGCAGUCUUGGCACGAGAAUUUGCCACCAUCAUGCUUGUGGGCCUUCCAUUCAUGUUUGUGUACGAGCUGCUCAAGAAGGUGCUUCAAGCGCAGAACGUAGUGUUGCCCAUGAUGUACUGCGCUGUCAUUGGCAACUGCGUCAACGCCGUCCUUGGGUAUGCCCUAACGUUCCACACGCCACUUGGGUUUUAUGGUGCAGCCGUCGCUCGAUCCGUGGCAAAUGGCGUUCUCCUGCUCUCGUUGGUCACGUACAUAUUUCUCAAUAAGGCGACAUUCCAAGCGUGUUGGCCAGGCUGGUCGCUAGUUGCCGCAUUGAAGGAAGUGCCCAAGUUUGUCGCAUUGGGUAUCUCAGGCCUCCUCAUGAUGCUGUUUGAGUGGUGGAGCUUUGAGCUGCUCGUGUUUAUUGCUGGUACAGCUGCUACACCUUCGUCCAGAAUCCACACCUCGUUCUCUCCACACCUCUACGAUACUCGUAGGUCUCCAGACGAACGCGACCACGGCCAUUGGCGCCAACGCAAUUCUCGUCAACGUCACGAGUUGCAUUUACAUGAUUCACUUCGGCGUGGGAACAGCCGCUCAAAUUCGGGUCGGGAAUGCUCUGGGAGCGGGCUUGAGCCACCAAGCCCAACGGACAGUCAAAUGCGCUGUAAUACUGGGCGUGUCGAUGGGGAUGUCUUUCGCAGGGGCGCUUCUCAUCACACGGAAAGAAUUCCCUCGUUGUUUUACGCACGAUGCCGAUGUCAUCAGUCUAACGUCGUACGUGGCGAUUGCGAUCGCCAUGUACCAAGUCGCAGACGCCCUUAACACGACCCUGCAGGGUGUGUUGCGUGGAGCAGGAUUGCAGAAAACAGGCGCUCUCUUGAAUUUUAUCGCGUACGUUGUCGUGGGCUUGCCGUUGGGGACGUUUCUAGACUUCGUCGUUGGAUGGGGGCUGCUGGGUCUAUGGGUUGGCAUGGCCGUGGGGAUUAGUACGUCUGGCAUCUGCGGCGGGUUAAUCGUCCACUUGUCUGACUGGCUUGUGCUUGCGAGUGACGCCAAGAACCGUGUAUCGAUUGGCGUUGUAUUUGAACGAUAUUGCGAUGCAGAGGCUGGAGGCGAUUCCCUCUCCCAGCGACAACUCUGACAUGGGACAAGACAUUUUUGCUAGGAGUAAUAGUUUAGAAUGCUGAAGUGGUAUCCG